AUGGACCACUCGAGCCAUUCGAGCAUGUCUUCCUCUUCAUCAAUGACUAUGACUAUGGUCUUCACCAACAGUCAUGACACUCCGUUGUACUCCUCGGCAUGGACACCGUCUUCUAGCGGUGCUUAUGCAGGCACCUGUAUCUUCCUCAUCAUCCUGGCCAUCAUCAAUCGCUGCUUAGUCGCUUUCAAAGCCUCCAUGGAGCACUACUGGUUUGCGACUCAUCUCAAUCGCCGUUACGUCGCCAUAGCGGGGAAAACAUCUGAAGCCGGUCGUGUCGACACAGACCCUGACGCGAAGGUCGCUUCUCUGGUAACUGCUCAAGGAGUGGAAGAGUCAGUAAAGGUCGUGCGACGAGUUUCGCGAGAGCCUAUUCCCUGGAGGUUCAGCGUCGACCUUCCACGGGCAGCUAUCUUCUUGUGUAUCACAGGCGUGUCCUACCUGCUCAUGUUAGCCGUGAUGACAAUGAAUGUGGGCUAUUUCUGCUCCGUUCUUGCUGGUGCUUUCCUCGGAGAGCUGGCGGUGGGACGGUACAUCCAAUGGAAUGAACACGAUCACUAG